UUAGGAACCGCAGCCUCGGGUAACACACCAGUCCCACCUUUUUCUAAAUUAGAGAGGAAAUUUAUUUAAAAUAUUGGAUCGCCCGCCCAUUCAUUUUCUCUUCUCGAUCUUCUCUCUCCUCUCUCCGCACUCGCACCCACCGGCGAUUUUGGCCUCAUCACCCUAUCGACGCGCGCAUCUGGACACCCAGUGGGGGAAUUGGCGUAGGGUUGAAGCGGAGAUCAUAAUCACAUGAGCGUUUCCUCCGGUGCGCUCGCAUCAUUUCGGUUCUCACGGUGUUUAAUUCCAGAGUUUUUUCGCUGUUUUUCCCCUUGUUUCUGGUGGAGGUCAUCGUCCCCGAGCAGCUGGAAUCCGAAGGUGGGAAGAAGCACGGUGGGAGAAGAGCAAAUCAUAUAAAAGACAUCAACACCCUCUCACACGCCCUGCUUUUGCUCCUCUUUGCAAUCUGGUGGUGGAAAUCGCAAGUUCAGAAAUUAGCGCGCGAAGAUUUUGUUACAGUAGAAGGAUCUCUGCUACAGGAAAAAGCGCGCAGAGUUUGUCCUAAAAAGUACAUCUCACAAAUUACAAUGCCAAGAGCACAGAAGGAGCAUCAAGGCCGGGCGACAUCAUCCCAUGCCAAUCAAAGAAACAGGGCAUCCCCUGCUAGACUCAUCAAGCUAUAUGGAGUCCUGUUUGAAGGUCAACACAAGAUGAUACGCGAUAUCAAAUUUGACAGGCUGCUGAAGAUUGCAUGCUCCACAAUCCCAGCAGACUUCGCUAAUUGGCUGAUGGUGGAGUGUUUCAAUGCUGAAACAUGAGAGCUAGGGAUGGGAUAGAAUUUCAGUCACAUCAGAUUCUGUGGCUGACAUACUUAACUUGCCAAAUAGGGGUGGCAAAGUGAAAUAUGAGCUUGACGUGGAUGCAAUAAACUUCAUUCACAACAAGUAUGGCAUCAUUCAAGGGUCAGCACCCAAGAUCGAAGAAGCAAUUAAAAUGUUGAAACAAAACAAGGCUGCAAACGAAGAUUUCUUGAGGUCCUGGCUGAUGAUUGCAAUUUUAACUUUUCUUUGCCCACCCACCAGUUUGGGAAUAAGCCCCAGAUGCUACAAAACAUUAGUCAACUUUUCAAACGUGAAGAACUUGAACUGGUGUCAGUUUGUGGUUGAUCAGUUAAAGGACGCAACUAUAAAAAUUGACAAGAAAAAUUCUAUGAGGGGUUGCAUCCCUCUACUCGUGAUUUUGUACGCAGACUCACUAGAUCUUCAGAAUAUACAAAUCCCCAUUGAUAUACCAAGGAUCCUUGCAUGGUCCAGGAAGCUUUUGGACCAGGUCCAGGUCAUCAAGUUGGACACAAAUUGCGACGGCUCUUUUGGCAAAUUGAAGCUGAAACAAUCGGGUCAUUCAGUGGGGGUUGGAUUCGCUCUGCAGAUGGAUGACAUUAGUAGAUUUGUAACAACAAAAGCACCAAGACAGUUGCCCCCAGAGAAGAUGAAGAAAAUUUGUGAGGCUGUAAGCAAAGCUCUCAGUGGUGUAACAGAGGUGCUAGGCACAUUCAUCCAAGAAAUGGCUGCACUAGAAGAAUCAGCUGGACCAAGUUUGAGAAGAUCCAGCGGAAGAGGGCAGCGAAUCGUCAUGAAGAAGACGAUGACAUUGAGGAAGAUUCGGACUAUGAAGAAGAAGAUGAACCUGACUAUGGAGAUGAUGAAGAUGAACCUGACUAUACGAGUAUCGAUAACGAGAGCUUUGGAGUGGACCCCGAGGAUGAAUCUGACCACGGAGACACCCCCCGGUGAUGCACCACCCACGGAUGAACCCGCCCAUGGAGAUGAUCCUUGUGAUGCACCAUCUACGGAUGAAAAUGAAGAUUUCAUUGCACUGAGCAGGAGGCUAAAAGGAAUACAAUCAGGUGCAUUCAAAGAUUUUGUUCCAUUCUAAGUUUAACCUCCACCUCUAUCAGCAGAACAGAGCGCAAUAGUGAAGAAAUUAGGCAACGCCCACAACGGACGUGCAAGGCUAAAGCUACCAGAGCCCUCAACUAGUGCAGUUGAAGUUGACAAGAUCAAUAGCAACAUAAAUAACUCUAGCAUGGCAAUAGAAAAAGGCUACAGCUUCAUGGAGAGUGCCCCAGGUAACUGUCAGACCCGGGGCCACGGGACUGUGUACAUAACAUAGUUUAAACAGGCUUAAGAGAUAAAGCCCGUCUUAUCUCUUAUUUAUCUUAUUUAUCUCUUAUUUAUCCUGUAUAAAUAGGAGAUAAAGCUAGUCAGUACAGAUGGAAUCUACUCGGGUUGUAUUUGGUUACGAUUCCUUAUCUAGUAUUGGACUAGAAUUCUUGUAACCUUGACCUCCCGGAUAUAUAAGGGGGGCAGGGACCCAUUCAAGGCA